CACCCCUGACUCCUCCCUUUCUUGGCCUUGCAACCCCCAAACCUUGACCCCUUUAUGGAUUCCCAGGUCCCAUCCACCUCUCUCCACACACCUGUCCCCCAACCCCAGCCCCAGUAAGGCCAAACUGGUUUUGGCUUCUGGAUUUUGCUUUGCACUGGCCUCCUGGCCUUCGCACUUGCUUCUUCCUCUGCCUGGACCAUUCUUCUAGCCACGUUAAUGAAGCACUCGUGUCCACACCCCAAAAUGCACCUCAUGUGUUCCUUUUCUGAAGCCCCACCACCCCCGCCCCCACUCACCCCCACGCUCUUGUGGGGGGGGGCUGGCAUUAAGAACAUUCCUUCCCUGGGAAAUGAAAGACUGCGCUGCAGAAGACCGGGAGGCUUUGACCUCCAAGGUCAGCCAGACCCAAGGAGUGGGGGGAUCCCCAGAUGCUCUCCACUGCAGGCCUCCACUUCCUUAACGUGCACCAAGAGGGUGCACAGUCAACAGCAACAUGAAACUGCAGUAUAAGGGGCAGAAGCCAUUUCAGCCUGUGACACAGUCACUGUACCCUCAGCCCAAGCUUCUGGAGCAAAGGCCUGCAGAGCUGCUGACCCUCACGCCCUGGUUGGCGCCCAUUGUCUCGGAGGGAACCUUCAACCCCGAGCUGCUGCAACACAUCUACCAGCCGCUGAACCUGACCAUCGGGCUCACAGUGUUUGCCGUGGGCAAGUACACCCGCUUCGUCCAGCAUUUCCUGGAGUCGGCCGAGCAGUUCUUUAUGCAGGGUCACCGGGUGCACUACUAUGUUUUUACCAACGACCCCGCAGCCAUUCCUCGGGUCCCGCUGGGCCCCGGCCGCCUCCUCAGCAUCGUCCUCAUCCAGAGGCACUCGCGCUGGGAGGAGAUCUCCACGCGCCGGAUGGAGACCAUCAGCCGGCACAUCGCCGAGAGGGCGCAUCGGGAGGUGGACUACAUCUUCUGCCUCGACGUGGACAUGGUGUUCCGGAACCCGUGGGGCCCUGAGACCCUGGGGGACCUGGUGGCGGCCAUUCACCCGGGCUACUAUGCUGUGCCCCGCCAGCAGUUUCCCUACGAGCGCAGGCAUGCUUCCACCGCCUUUGUGGCAGACGACGAGGGGGACUUCUAUUAUGGUGGGGCGGUCUUUGGGGGGCGGGUGGCCAGGGUGUACGAGUUUACCAGAGGCUGCCACAUGGCCAUCCUGGCGGACAAGGCCAAUGGCAUCAUGGCCGCCUGGCAGGAGGAGAGCCACCUGAACCGUCGUUUCAUCUCCUACAAGCCCUCCAGAGUGCUGUCCCCUGAGUACCUCUGGGAUGACAGGAAGCCCCAGCCACCGAGCCUGAAGCUGAUCCGCUUCUCUACGUUGGACAAGGACAGCAGCUGGCUGAGGAGCUGACGGCUGAGCCAGGCUGCUGUGCACGGGGACCCCAAGCCCUGCAGCCAGCUCGCCCCGGCGGAGCACCGGCUCGCCCCCAGCAAGCACCCCGCCCGCCCCCGGCGGAGCUCCCCAGCUUGUCCCAGCAGAGCACCCUUUGCCAGUGCCCCCCUUCUCAGGUGAGAUCCAUCCGGUCCUGCCUACCUCAGUCUAUUAGCAGAAGCUCACCUGGGAAAUGGAUGCGGAAGGGCCUUUGUAAACUGUGAAGGGCUGCGCCCACAUGAGCGGAACACCAAGAUCACACGGCAGCGUGGCCCGAGAAUGGUCAGGCGGGAAGAGGUGAAGAAGACAGAGCCGCAGGCCUGGCCCAGCAGACGUGCCUUCGGGGCAGGCUCCGGAGUCAGCCCUACUCAGUGCCUGAAACCCCGCCUCUGCCCCACUUCUGUUGCCUAUUUGCCCCUAAAGUUGCACUUCUCAGACCCCGGUGUGAAAGGCAUCCAGACGCCUCUUCUCUGGCUGUAGGGGUCCCGGGUGCUGGGACGUCCCCCAGCCACACAGCGCUCGGCCCUGGAGUGAGUCUUCGCACCAGAACAGGCCUGGCCCUCUCUGGCGUUGAGUCUAGCCCGCACCCCACGGCGGACCACACUCUCUGGCACCAGCCCCACCUUUGUAAGGGAGGUUGGGCAGUUUUUAAUAAAGGUGGCGUGCACGAA